CCCUGCCGCCCCGCCGCCGGCCUCCAGCGGCGCCAGCAGCCGGCCGCAGCGGACGGGCCCAGAGCGCAAGCUGAAGGCGGAGCGGCCCGGCGUGGUGCGGGAGCUGUGUGCGCGGCCCGGACAGGUCAUCGCGCCCGGGGGUGUCCUGGUGAGGCUGGAGGGAUGCAGCCACCCCGUGGUGAUGAAGGGGCUCUGUGCAGAGUGUGGCCAGGACCUGACCCAGAUACGCAGCAGGAACGGGAAGCAGAACCUGCCACUGUCCACAGCAACUGUGUCCAUGGUCCACAGCGUGCCCGAACUGAAGGUCAGCUCUGAGCAAGCGGAGCAGCUGGGCAGGGAGGACCAGCAGCGCCUGCACCGCAACCGCAAGCUGGUGCUGAUGGUGGACCUGGACCAGACACUCAUCCACACCACGGAGCAGCACUGCCAGCAGAUGUCCAACAAGGGCAUCUUCCACUUCCAGCUGGGCCGGGGGGAGCCGAUGCUGCACACGCGGCUGCGGCCGCACUGCAAGGAGUUCCUGGAGAAGAUCGCCAAGCUGUACGAGCUGCACGUCUUCACCUUCGGCAGCAGGCUCUACGCGCACACCAUCGCCGGCUUUCUGGACCCUGAGAAGAAGCUUUUCUCCCACCGGAUCCUGUCGCGGGAUGAGUGCAUUGACCCCUUCUCCAAGACAGGGAACCUCAGGGACCUCUUCCCCUGUGGGGACUCCAUGGUUUGCAUCAUCGAUGACCGAGAGGAUGUCUGGAAGUUUGCCCCCAACCUGAUCACUGUGAAGAAGUAUGUCUACUUCCAGGGCAUAGGGGACAUCAAUGCCCCUCCUGGCUCCAGGGAGCUCCAGGAGAAGAAGAAGAAAGCAAACCACUCGCCGAGAGCGGAGGCCCUGGAGCCGCUGGCAGCAGCCAAGGACGGGGAGGAGGUGCGGAGUGCUGUGUGCCUGCAGGAGCACAGCAAUGGGCUGAAGAGGGCUCCGAGGGACGCCUGCUCGGCCAACGGCAGCGGCUCUGCGGGCAGGGACACCCCUGACUGGGAGGUGGAGUCGGGAGGUGCCCUGGGUGCUCAGGACUCCCUGUGCGGUGGCAGCGAGCAGAGGGUGUGCAGCGAGGGCAGGGCCGGGCGGAGCAGCGCAGCACCUCCUCAGGAGGCCUCCGAACAGGCGCAGGGAGCGGCAGAGGAGCAGCAGAGCCAGGCCAGAGCCAACGACUUGGACUUUGAGCUGUCCAGCGACAGCGAGAGCGAGGCUGGCACGGACGGCGGCAGGGCACCCCCGGCCUCCUCCGACGCUGGCAGCGAGGACAGGAGGAGCUGCAGGGGAGACAAAGAGCUCCCGCAGACGGGCAGAGAAGGGCCCGAGCAGGAGCAGGGGCAGGGGCUGGGGAACCACACGGGGGAGCCGCAGGCGCUGCCCCCCCAGAGCGGGCAGGCGGGCACCGAGCCCGAGGCGCAGGAGGAGAGCGAGCAGGAGAGCCUGGGCGAGCUGGGCAACGGCUGCGCCGACAGGAAGGAGGCCGAGACCGAGUCCCAGAACAGCGAGCAGUCCGGCAUCACCAUGGGCGAGUCCCUGGACCAGAGCGUGGAGGAGGAGGACGAGGAGGACGACACCGACGACGACGACCACCUGAUCUACCUGGAGGAGAUCCUGGCGCGGGUGCACAGCGACUACUACAGCAAGUACGACCGGUACCUGCGCCGGGAGAGCCCCGAGGCGCCCGACAUCAGGAAGAUCGUGCCCGAGCUCAAGAGCAAGGUGCUGGCCGACGUCACCAUCCUCUUCAGCGGCCUCUACCCCACCAACUUCCCCAUGGAGAAGACGAGGGAGCACUACCACGCCACGGCCCUGGGCGCCAAGAUCGUCAAGAACCUGGUCCUGAGUGCCAACGCCCCCGACAAGGCCACGCACCUGAUCGCUGCCAGGAGCGGCACAGAGAAGGUGAGGCAAGCUCAGGACUGCAAGGACCUCCACGUGGUGAACCCUGACUGGCUGUGGAGCUGCCUGGAGCGCUGGGACAAGGUGGAGGAGCAGCUCUUCCCCCUGCGGGAUGACUACAUCAAGACGCACAGGGAGAACAGCCCUGCCAGCUUCCCGGAGGCUCACAGCACCUUCCAGACCGCUCUGUUCCACCCCACACCCAUCCACCCCAGGGCCCAGCCCAGCCCUGAGCUGCGCCUCUACGACCCCACCACGGGCAAGCUGAUCAGGAAGGGUGCCCAGCCCUCGGGCCAGGCCCUGUUCCUGCAGGCUCCAGCUGCUGCCAUCACCCUGCCAGGCCACGGCGAGCACUCCUCCUUCAGGGUGGUGCAGCCGCACCAGCAGCAGCUGUUCGAGGAGGACGAGCUGCCGGCAGGGGAGGCCGAGGAGCAGCCAGGCCCCUCCCGGCGCAAGCGGCAGCCCAGCCUCUCCGAGACCAUGCCCCUCUAUACCCUCUGCAAGGAGGACCUGGAGAGCAUGGACAGGGAGGUGGAUGACAUCCUGGGAGAAGGCAGUGAUGAGAGUGACAGUGAGAAAAAAAAGGCAGAAGAGGAAGGAGAGAAACCAGAGCCUGGCACAGCAGAGCCCCUGGGGAUGAAAGCAGAGCAGAGGCCUGGAUCAUCAUCAUCAUCGUCGUCAGCAGCAGCCAGUGGGAGGAGCUCAACAGGCAGCGUGCCCAGCUGCAGGGGCCACAAGCGCAAGCUGGAGGAGGAGGAUGGUGGCAGUGACUCCAGCAAGGACUCCAGCAACGAGGAUGAGGAGGGCAGCAGCUCCGAGGCCGAUGAGAUGGCAGCGGCGCUGGAGGCAGAGCUGAACGACUUCAUGUGAGGAGGAGCUGCCCUGCCCGUGCUGCUGCCCAGCCGGAGCUGAGCUGUCCCCGGGGGUGCUGGGGCAGCUGUGUGCCCAGGGGCAGCUGUGUGCCCAGGGGCAGUGGCUCCACAGAGCUCUCCUGAGGGGUUUUACUGAAGCAGAUUCUGCGGUUUUAGCCCCCAGAGGGGGAGCUGGGCAGGGGCUGUGCCAUGCCAGAGUCCAGGGGGGCUCUGCAGGGGCGCCAGGGCUGUGGCUGAACACACCUGGGCUGUGGGUCAUCAGGCAGAGGAGAUGGCGUGGCCUGGGCCGUGCAGCUGCUGAGCUGGCAGCCUGUGCCACCCAGACGAGCUCUUGGGCCUAAAGGGUUAACCUGGCGGGCCCGGGCUGUGCGCAGCGGGCAGCAGCUGCCAGCUCCCCCAUCCGCUCCCCUCGGCAGAGCUGUGGCACAGCCCCCGUGUGACCUGCAGUGCCAUGAGGGCACCUCCAGCUGGUGGUGCCCUGGGGGGGGGCAGCACGGCCGGGCCCAGCCAGGCCCUCAGCCCCCGGCCAGGAGCGUGCUGUAAAGUUUUGUACAUUCAGUUUCCUACCGGACCCACAGAGCAGAUUUUGUCCUUCCCUUUAAUAAAGGCUUUGUUUUGUA